UAUCAAACGCCGCGCGCCGAUUCCUUGGCUGCAAAAUUGCGACGAGUGGCGCAGGAUUGCAAAGUGGCAGCGGCAGGUGAAGUCCUGAUUGGCAACGAAGAUCUCCAGGCAUGCUGGACUGCGCUCAAGGAGCAGGCCAAGGAGAUUAAACCUGGAAAUUUGCGACUGGCCUACAAGGGCCUUUGUUUGGUUCGCGAGCGCUUGGGCGGUGAGUCGGGCAAGUUUUCCGCCGUGCUGAGUGCAACAGCCUUCAUGGCACUUCCCAAGGACGAUGCACAGACAAUCUCCUUGGACCAGCUCUUCAAUGUAGUGAUGCAAUAUGCGGCCGUGGAGCAGGCGCGAUUCAAGCUGGCGCUCUUUGACACUCUGGGCUCGGGCUCACUCACUCGUGACCAGCUGGAGGCCUACAUUCAAGACACGGCCUUUGAGAUGGAGCAGCUUCGCGCUAUCGCUCGCGGGUUCCGCUCAACCUACGUUGUCUUUGCUGCCAGCCGCUUUCUGUUUUAUCUGGGUCGUGAUCAUCCGAAUGAGGCUAUUGAGAUAUCAGCUUUGGUAGAGUCAAAGGUGCUGGCCGAGUACCAGCAAAUGCAGCAGCCCGAUCUGAGCACAGUCGCUCUGCAAGACAACUGGUUCUCGCUAUCCAAUGUCACCACAGUACACACACAGUAUACAGCGUUGGAUGUCAACCAAGACGGGCUCUUGUCCCUUGACGAACUGCAACACUUGAACGGAGGCAGCAUGUCACCGGCACUGCUGCGUCGCCUUUUUCAGGAGUAUGCCACUUACGAAGGCGGUGUCGAUUACCGCUUAUAUCUGCGCCUGGUAUUGGCACGCCGUGACCCAAAUCAUCCAGCUAGCGUACGCUUCUUCUUUCGACUGCUCGACGUGGAUCAGCGAGGCUAUCUGACGACCACCGCCCUCCUAUAUUUCUGGCGUGCCAUGGAGGCGCAUCCGUUGACGCGCGACCUGGAGUUGCCACGCUUUGAAGAUGUCAAAAACGAAAUUUUUGAUAUGGUCGCUCCCAAAGAUCCUUACAAGAUCACCGUGCAAGAUUUGCUGGCGUGCAACUGCGGGGGUACGGUUGUGUCGAUUUUGACCGAUGUGGACGGCUUCUUUGCCUACGAGCACCGUGAGUCUCCACCACCUUCCGAUGGUGAGGAU